AUGGCUACUGGUUUCGAGAUAGCUGGGCUAGCUCUUGCUAUCUUCCCGAUUCUUAUCGAGGGGAUUAAAUCCUACGCGAAUGAGAAGGACGCUGUGAGCGACAUACUAAACUAUCAAAGGCUUCUUAUCCGCAUCGCUCGAGAUUUGGAUCGUGAACGGACUAUUUUCCAUAACUCAUGCCAGCGAUUCAUGGAAGAUAUUGCCGCACAUUGCGGCGUUGGAGAAGACGAGGUAUCUGGGAUGGUACAGAACCCGAAAGACCCCCGAUGGACGCGGGGGCCUUUGCUGAGGGAAGACGUUUUUCAGCAGGCUUCUGUUAAGCAGUAUCUUGACGCCGUUGAGGAUAUACAUGAGGAGUUGUCGAGGGUUAAAGAACUCAUCGGGAUACAAAGUGGAAGUGAACAGGUAAUGACACGCCGCAGACUAUGGAAGAAGCUUAUCCUCGUGCUGAAGAAAGACUCGAUUACCGACCACCUAGCCAGGGCCGAGAAGCUCAAUGCAUUUCUGGCCCGACAGACAGAGCAAAAUCAACCAACAGCGACCAAUCGUCAUGCUUCUCGCAGAAGCACAAAACACUAUAAACGUAUCCGAUCUCAUGCAAUCGAUCUAUACAAUAUCCUCAAGACUCAAUUCCCCGCCCAUCCGGCCUGUAAAUGCGCCCUGCAGCCGCAUCAUGUCAAUAUGAGAUUAGAGUUUCGCAGUGCGCAAAGUACGGCAAAUGGUCUAUACUUUCAUACAAUAUUUACCUCGGAAACUGCCUUCAACUCUUCAUCCAACUGGCGCGAGAUCGAAAGCGAGCCGUGGGGAACGAGUUCCCCCGAUCUCUGUCAGGAUACUACACACAGCGCCCAAGUGCAAUUUGUCGUGGCCCCACCGGCAUCGUUGCAGGGGAGCACUGCAUCUAUCAAUGAACCCGAGAUAUCAAAUCUCUGCGCCGUGAUCACUGGCCCCGCCUCGAAGGAUUGGCUUGGACGAAUCGCUAGUCAAAAGGGACAACAACAUCGGAUUCGUGCCAUGGACCAUCAGAAGAGAUUACCCGCCUUCGACACCAUCAAAACGGUCUCACUAGGAGAGGUCCUCGGGGACGGUCUCUUUGGCGAAGAACAACGACUCCGACUGGCAUUGAAACUAGCAUCAUCAGUGAUGCAACUCCACACGACCGACUGGCUCACAGAUUACUGGAGCAAAUCCGAUAUCUCAUUCCUCCGGUCCUCAUACGGAGUAAUCGACUUUGACAACCCUCUAAUCGGACGCACUUUUGGCAAUCCCAGCUUCAGCAUGACAAACCUCUCACAGAAUCUCUCACGACCAAUGCUACACGCAUUUGUCCCCUGCCUCUUUUCUCUGGGAAUCAUCCUCUUGGAACUGCGCUAUCGAACUUUGUUCAAGGAUCUCAAGACGGAGCAUGAACGGACCAUGAUACCCGAAAUCUCCGAUCUUGCCACCGCACGCCGUCUAGCCUCUGAUAUGGUCGGCAGUCCUAAUUAUAAAAAUGCCGUGCUGCGCUGUAUCGUGGGUCUAGAUGCGGCGUAUCAGUCUCUGACGGAGGUCAAGUUCCAGGACGAAGUGGAGGAUAAGAUUGUCUUUUUGCUUGCGGAAGAUUUAAAGACUUAUUGUGCCAAGGGAUCGGUCGAGGCCUGUCUGUAG